AUGACGUGGGAAGAUGCAAAGGCUGCUUGUGAAUCUUUUUCUUGGAAACUUGCUGAGAUCCGUUCCCAGGCACAACAAGAUGCAGUCAAAGCCAUUUUACCAGCAGGAAACAAUCAUUAUUGGAUUGGUGUUAAAGAUGUAGUCGGUGACAAUAAAAACUAUGAGUAUGCUACUGGUGGUUCAGUGAUUUACACAGACUGGUCGUCAAAUGAGCCAAAUAAUUAUAAGGGUACUGCUGAGGAUUGUGUAGAGUUACGAGGUGACCAUGACUAUGAGUGGAACGACGUACCGUGUAGCAAUAAAAUGGCUGCUGUUUGCGAGUUUAAGC